GAGAGAGUCAAAUUAUUGCCCUCGCACCAAGCGAGUCAAAAACAGAAGCCGUGAAACGCGUAUACAGACCAUGACAAGGGUUACCUCAAAAAGCCUUGCGGCUUUCAUCACUGCUCUGCGGACUCGCGUGGCAGACUUCCACCGCAUUUGCAUGGUGAAAAAAACGCAACUUCCCGGCCACUUUGCUAGGAUUCACGAAACUCAUGGACAUGACCAAGACAUGGAAGAAGUAGUCGAGGCAAUCACGUCUCAUUGCCGAGCUAUCUCUCCAAGCGCCGGAUACGAAUGGGACGAGUUCGCUGCGAGGUUGCUGCUUGAUGAUAAUUACUUCCGCUCUAGUGGUUACGGAACCAAUGAAAUCCAGAUCGCAGAAAUUCUAUGGACGUAUAUCGCUGCUCUUGAUCACUUCUUCUUCUGGGGCGCGCUGACAAAACCCACCAGGUACACUGGAUCUAGUAGAGGACAGUGUUAUCGGACACAAUGGCGUCCUUUCAAUCUGGUUGUCUCGAUCGGUCCCAAUCGCCAGAAUGAGGGCGCCGCCUAUUGGGACAAUGACACUGGUACUGUGUAUAUGUUCACCGAGGAGCCUACCCACAGAGACGGGAACCGAAUCAAAUCGGCGCACCGGUCAACGAAUUCAUUUGAGGAUAUGAUACAAUACCUGUUUCAUGAGAUCGGUCAUGUUGUGACAAAUAUUUUUCCGUAUUUUCCCAAUGAGCACGUACUGUGGAAACAAAGGGAGUUCGACGAAGGUCAUGGAAUGGAGUUCUUGGAGCUGAUAAUAUUUCAAUUUGAGAUUAUACAACAGGCCGUCGAUAGGUUUGGCCUUGGACAGAAUAGCUUCAAAUCGGAGCUAGACCGACAUGGGGAUAGAAGAUUCGAGAUUUUAACAGAAGGUAUCCCACCAUUCAGCGCAGAUGCAGUCUCGUUCUUUAGACGCCGGGUCAUGAAUUCGUGCUAUUAG